AUGUAUUUACCACGCCAUGCUGUAUCUCCCUUCAACUUUGAGCCGGUCUCUUUGGAAAACAAUGGGCAGAGAAUCCUGGCGAUCACUGGCUUUUUCACCGCAUUUGCUUGUACGGCAGUUAUCUUACGAAUGUACGUGAGAAUCGCAAUACUUAAAUCUACUGGUAUGGAUGACUAUGCGAUGAUUUGUGCUGCGAUAUGCUCGGUGGUAGCAUUCGUCUUCUAUGUGCUGGAAGUACAUGCUGGAGUAGGAGAGCACAUCGGAAAUCCUCAUCUCAUCUCCAAUUUACAAGAGAUUUUGCAUUAUAGCUAUUUUCAUGGUUGGAUCAUUGUCGUCGGUAUUAGUGCAGUGAAAAUAUCUGUUGGGUUCUUUCUCAUUAGGCUAGUCCAAGGGAAAUGGUUCAAACGUUCUAUCAUUAUUUGGAUGUGCUUUUUGUUCAUCUUUACUUUGGCUUGCGUAGGCACAUUGAUCUUCCAAUGCACUCCGAUCGACGCCGCUUGGGAUUUUUCUCUUCGUGCAAGUCCCAGAACGAGAUGUUACGACCUUGAUAUUUUUCGUAGUAUUGGUCUGUUUAACGGUGCGGUCAACAUUUUCACGGAUUUUCUUUUCGCUACUCUGCCGGUCCCUAUAAUUCUAGGUUUGAGCAUCAAUCUCAGAACCAAGAUUUCGCUAAUAUGUAUUCUUGGGCUGGGUUAUUCUGCUUGCGCUGCGUCUAUAAUAAAAGAGUAUCUGCUUUCAUCAUUCUUCGAGAAUACGGAUUCUUUCUUCAAUAACUCGUUCAACAUUUGGAACAGCGUGGAACUCAAUACCGGAAUCCUAGCUGCCUCUCUACCCCCACUGCGACCUCUUUUCUCGUCGCUUCUCGACACAGCCUCAUCAAUCAAAACCCGAACGUCCAUGAGACUAGGCCGGCGGCCAUCAAAAAGCGAUAUCAUGAUCUUACAUGCGAAGACUCAUCGUAAUUAUCGAUUCUGCCAACCACGAGAUGAUGGCCAUGAUCCGAAAAUCAGCCUUCCAUUGAGUUUGGGUCAUGACAAAGAAGAGGGUAUGAACGGCAGAGAUACAAUGGCGAACAUUCCUAUGGGACCUAAGCCAACUUAUGGGAUUUAUAUCCAAGGAGGGGGAAGAGAAAGAAGUAGGUUAAGUGUCGAAGAGGAGAAGAGUUUGUGGAGACGUGACAGUGGGAUUAGUGCUGGCAGUAGUAGGAUGAGUAAGUUGGAAAAGCUUGAGGUGGAAUUGGAGGUUGAGGGGAUUAGAUACGCCCGGAGAGAAAGGGAGAGGGUGAGAAGGGGAAGAACGGAAAGGAGGGCAAGAAGGGUCGGAAUCAUGAGAACGGUGGAAGUAAGCGUUACAAGAUGA